UUAAAUUACCGCAAGUUCAGGCAAACAACCUCUUCAACAGAGGUUCAGUAGUGACUGGCAGACUCACUUGUACAUUAUAGUCGUCUUGAUGAUAAAAUACUUGAGUUUUCACUUUUGCUGAAGCAAACUGCCAAGGGAUAUAACAAGGAGACGAGUGAGUAGAAGAGACAAGCAAUCAUUGUGCAGUCCACGCCGUCUUGUGAAUAAAACUCGGACAAACAGUAUGGAUCAAAAUACACCCUGAGAUGGCGACAGAAAUCACUAAAGCAGGAGCAAAGGCAGCCAUGGAUUUGUCGCUCUCAGGCGCAGGGUUUUCCGUCUCACUCAAGAUUGACAAUGUCUGGUUGGCAGGAGCCGUAAGCAUUGGCGCAUUAUCACUAGGGGCGUUCUAUCUGGUCUGUAAGGGACCCUCUGAGAAUGCCAUUAAAAGAGCUUUGGAGAGAAAGAUCUUUGGCACUGGGGACCCCGAAGUUACGAACGUAACAGACGGGCAUUCCAUUCUAGUGGAAUUGCAGUGUCACACGGAAACGAGCCUCUUGUUGUUCUUGGAAGACGUGGAGACGAAAACAGUUAAGUUCAGAUUGGAAGAGGAAUUCAAGAAGAUCGGUUUCAAAGAGGAACUGGUUGUCAGUAUUAGCAAUGCUGAGAAGGUGAACGAACACGUCAGACAAAUAAGGGAGAGGUUCAAAGCUGGUCAGCAAGAAGUCAAUCAAAACGAAGACUGGAAGCAAAAAUACGAAGAGCUUGCAAAAGCGACAAACAAAAUAUAUGAGAUACAAGCGCCUGUUCUUCACUUACCUGAGACGCAAACAAUUACCCCGAGCACCAAAGAACCUAUAAAAAGACUUCAAGAGUUGGCAACACUCCUCAAUGAUCUAACACAGAGGGAAAGAUGUGUCAAUGAUUCAAACAAACGUGGCGGCCUCGAAGUUCUAGAGUUGAAGGAUUUGUUGGAAGAGGUGAAAAACUUAAAGGAAACACUGAGGAGGGAAAUUGCAAUUUCCAAGGGUUUACGAAGAACCAUUGAAAAGCUUCAAGAGGAUAACAAGGCGCUGGCGAAGACUACGAAACACGAAAGGGUUGAGGAAAGCAAUGUCAUGACAAGUGAUAUUCCUGAGCUUCGUGAAAAGGUGCAUGAGCUGGAGAAAGAAAAUGAAUUGUUGCAGCAAAAGUUAACGAAAAAGGAUAAAGAGCUAGAACGAUUUCAGGGGCAAGAUACAGAUGACGCCACAACUCAAGCUCGACCCAGGGCCUCUUCGGCGACAUCAUUAGGAGCGAGCUCUGGUUACCAAUCUGAAGAGGAGCCUGACGAAUCUAACCUAGAGAUCAUCCAAAUGCCUCAAUCCCAGGCCAUACAGGAAGGAAAGAAAUUAGUGUUGAGCUGCCGUAUCAGGGGUCUACCGGAUGUCCGGUACCGCUGGGUUAAAGAUGAUGUUGAAAUCCCUGGGGUUAACCGCUCUGACCUGGUGUUGGAGCCGGUGGAAAUGCAGGAUUUUGGACGCUAUUUUUGUCGCGUGUGGGAUAAAAGUGGAUCUGUAACUUCAGAUACUGCUGACAUCGAUGUAUUCCCUGCUACUCAAAUGAGAUUCAGAGGUUUGCACGAGAUGGACCAAGCCACGAAACAGGUCGUCAGUGAUUUGCUAAGCAAGAAACGCCUCCCUGGACUAGCAACAUGGAAGCAAGUGGCUCGAAGGUACGCUAUGAGAGAAACAGAAAUCUCCUUGUUAGAAAUCGAGAAAAGCCCUGCAAGCGCCAUGUUGGAUAGGCUAGCCUCACUCGCGCCUAAUCUGACUGUUUAUUAUCUGUGUAAGACCUUUAAGGAACCUGGUCUAAGACGACAAGAUGUUGUUAACAUACUUUCAAAGCAGAUUGUAGUAUCGAUAGAGUAAUCUUCACAUUGCUUUCACUUCAAAAGAAAAAAAGAACUUUAGCUGCCCCGGUUGUCGGUCGACGUAUAUUGGCAAAACAGAUAGAACUCUUUUCAUCCGAACAUAUCAACACGCUAUAUAUGACAAAGAGACUACAAUAUAUAAACAUUUGCACACUUGAGAACAUUUAAUGUUCAUAUGUAAUCUGUGUAAUCUAGCGGAUACCUUAAAUUCUGACAACCUUCCACCUCUCAGAAACAACACCACAGUAUUACGUUCGCGAUAGCAAUUGGAAUCUUCUCCUAUACAAAGAGGCAGAUUACAUCAAACGCCUGACACCUUCCCUCAACAAAGGAUGCAAAUCCAGCAGAGAACUUUGCCUUUUCUCAUGACUUUUUGUUUUGUCUCUACAUUGUUAUUGACACCGUGUUUAAGAGCUACCUUGUAUGCAUAUUCUAGUCUGAUGAUGGUAUAGUUCUUACCGAAAUAUAACUUCUACUUUUGCCAAUUGUUGUCUGAAUUUCGACAAAAUUAUAAACAAUCUCGGAUUAUCGUUCAUUCUUUAUUGCUUUUACUCCGCACAGGUUUUUAAUGUAUGUAUAUCCAACUGUCCAUCAGCUGUAACGAUCGUGAUUCGCUGAAAUAAAAGGAUUUGCAAACGACAA